CACGCUCUUACCGUUUCCGCCAGCCUUUUCAACUCCCCUGCCCCACGACCGACCGAAGUUUAUAAUCCCCCCUCCAAAACAAUACCCACCCUCCCUCGACACAUAAAACAACACACCCUCUCCCACCGUGAGUCAGCCAUCACACCGUCAACCACAACCAUGGCCGACAAGUACAUCCCGGAGCAUCGCCGCACCACCUUCAAGGCGAAGGGCGCUUUCAAGCCUGACGAGCUCCGCCGUCGCCGCGAGGAGCAGCAGGUUGAGAUCCGCCGGGCGAAGCGUGAUGAGAAUCUUGCAAAGCGACGAGGCAUCGCUGGCCGCGACCAGCCCGGUGCCUCUCUGGGUGCCGCCCCCGACAGCGACGAUGAGGGAGGCAACAUCGAGAGCCAGUUGAACGAGGAGCUCCCUCAGAUGGUCAAAGGUGUCUUCUCUGAGCAGAUCGACGAGCAAAUCCAGGCCACCACCAAGUUCCGGAAACUUCUGUCCAAGGAGCGCAACCCCCCCAUUGAGCGUGUCAUCGAGACGGGCGUCGUGAGCAGAUUUGUCGAGUUCCUCCGAUCGCCACACACUCUGGUACAAUUUGAAGCCGCAUGGGCUCUCACUAACAUCGCCUCGGGCUCUGCUCAGCAGACCCAGGUUGUCAUUGAGGCUGGCGCCGUCCCCAUUUUCUGCGAACUGCUCAGCAGCCACGAGCCCGAUGUUCGGGAGCAGGCCGUUUGGGCUCUCGGCAACAUUGCUGGUGAUAGCCCCGCUUGCCGUGACUUUGUUCUCCAAGCUGGCGCCCUUCGUCCCCUGCUUACCCUCUUGGGCGACAGCCGCAAGCUGAGCAUGCUCAGGAACGCUACGUGGACUCUCAGCAACUUCUGCCGUGGAAAGACGCCCCAGCCCGACUGGCAGACUAUCCAACCCGCUCUUCCUGUCCUCGCCAAGCUCGUCUUCUCUCUUGACGAUGAAGUCCUCAUCGACGCCUGUUGGGCCAUCUCAUACCUUUCUGACGGAUCCAACGACAAGAUCCAGGCUGUCAUUGAGGCAGGCAUCCCUCGCCGUCUUGUGGAGCUUCUUAUGCAUGCUUCCACUUCCGUCCAAACACCCGCUCUCCGUUCCGUUGGUAAUAUCGUGACCGGCGACGAUGUUCAGACACAGAUCAUCAUCAACUGCGGUGCCCUUCCUGCUUUGUUGUCUCUCCUCAGCUCCACCAAGGAUGGCAUCCGUAAGGAAGCAUGCUGGACCAUCUCCAACAUCACCGCUGGCAACUCCACACAAAUCCAGUCUGUGAUCGAUGCGAACAUCAUUCCUCCUCUGAUCCACUUGCUCCAGAACGGAGACUUCAAGACGAGGAAGGAGGCAUGCUGGGCCAUCUCCAACGCUACUUCCGGAGGUCUCCAAAAGCCAGCACAGAUCCGAUACCUUGUCUCGAGUGGCUGCAUUAGGCCACUCUGCGAUCUCCUCGCCUGCCCCGACAACAAGAUCAUCCAAGUCGCUCUCGAUGGUCUUGAGAACAUCUUGAAGGUUGGUGAGAUGGACAAGGAGUCCAACGCCGAGUCUGGUGAACCUAUCAACCGCUAUGCUCUUUUCAUCGAGGAAGUCGGCGGCAUGGAGAAGAUCCACGAUUGCCAGAACAAUGCCAACGAGGACAUCUACAUGAAGGCAUACAACAUCAUCGAGAAGUACUUCUCUGAUGAAGAAGGCGAGGCGGAGAACAUGGCCGAGACUGGUCCUCAGGUCACGCAAGAUGGUCACUUCGGCUUUGGCGCCCCGCAAACCCAGCAACAGCAGAACUUCAACUUCGCUAACGGUGGCGACUCAAUGGACAUGUGA